GUUUUUGAUUUUUCAGAUAUUUUUUUGUUUAAUAUUUGCAUUACGCCCUAGAGAACCUUCUCCUAACGUUUCCAUAACUUUUAUAUAAUCCGCGAUGGGUCAAAGAACAGUCCAGGUUUAAUUAUUUUUCAGCCGCUGUGCAAAGAUGGCGUCCAUCAUGGAGGGGCCGUUGAGCAAAUGGACUAAUCUUAUGAAGGGCUGGCAGUAUCGUUGGUUCGUUUUGGACUAUAACGCUGGACUGCUGUCAUACUACACUUCAAAAGACAAGAUGAUGCGUGGCUCCAGAAGAGGCUGUGUCAGACUCAGGGGAGCGGUGAUUGGAAUCGAUGACGAAGACGAUAGCACUUUCACCAUCACUGUAGACCAAAAGACUUUCCAUUUUCAAGCCCGAGACGCAGAUGAGAGGGAGAAGUGGAUCCACGCGUUAGAGGGGACGAUUCUGCGCCACGCUCUCCAGCUACGGGAGGCGGAGACAGCGUUUGUUCCCAGCGUUCAAGACUUUGACAAAAAGCUUGCUGAAGCAGAUGCGUAUUUACAGAUUCUGAUUGACCAGCUAAAGCUCUUUGAUGAGAAGAUAAAAGACUGCAAAGAUGACGAGUCACGCAGAAAAAUCGAGAACCUGAAAGAAACAACUUGUAGUAUGGUAGAAUCUAUCAAGCACUGUAUAGUACUGCUUCAAAUUGCCAAGGAUCAAAGUAAUGAACAGCAACACGCAAACGGACUGAUAAGCACCAUAAACCCAGUGGAUGGAGUUCACCAGCCCAGCCCCCUGGACGCCUCUGUAGUCAGUGCCGUUGCCAUGCCAACACAGACCACCCUCCCCACAGAUGGGGCUCAGGUGUGUAAAGCAGAACAGAGGCCUUCUUCUCUUCCCAUGGGUCCCGUCGUCACGGUGAUGGGCAGCCUUCAGACGCCCACUCCCAACAGCACAGGGAGUGGUCCUUCUGCACCCAGUAGCAGUGUCACUUCCCCCAGUCACAUGAAUGUGCCGGCCCAUGCUGUCCCAGAUUUCUCCUACUCUAGCAGUGAGGACGAGUUUUACGACGCUGAUGAAUUUUACCAGAGCAGUGCCUCACCGAAGCACUGCAUCGACCCCUCCAGAACCCCUGGUGUUAACAGUGAAGGAAAUGCAGCUCUCAAAAGGCCCAACACCACCGACUCCCUCAAUUCCUCUAUGUCCAACGGCACAACUGAUGCAGAUCAGUAUGACAGUCAUGAUGAGAGGGAUGACGAUGGUGAGGGAGAGUCAGUGGAGGAACACAAGAGCGUCAUUAUGCAUCUGCUUUCACAAGUCCGAUUGGGAAUGGACCUCACCAAGGUGGUUUUACCUACGUUCAUCUUGGAAAGAAGGUCGCUGUUGGAGAUGUAUGCAGACUUCUUUGCACAUCCUGAUUUGUUCGUCAGCAUUGCCGAGCAGGCAGAGCCUCGGGAACGCAUGGUGCAGGUGGUGAGGUGGUAUCUCUCAGCCUUUCACGCUGGCCGGAAAGGAUCCGUGGCUAAGAAGCCGUACAACCCCAUCUUGGGAGAGGUAUUCUAUUGCCACUGGGACCUUCCUUCAGAAACAGAGGAGCCUGCUUCUGGGGAGCCUGUGUCAGAAGGGCCAGUGCCAUAUUGUAGCCGGGGCAGUGUGUCAUUCGUAGCAGAGCAGGUUUCUCACCACCCACCAAUAUCUGCCUUCUACGCUGAGUGUAUAAGCAAGAAAAUCCAGUUCAAUGCACACAUUUGGACCAAAUCUAAGUUCCUUGGAAUGUCCAUUGGUGUACACAAUAUUGGCCAAGGCUGUGUGUCUUGUCUAGAGCAUGAUGAACACUACAUUCUGACUUUCCCCAAUGGCUAUGGCAGGUCGAUCCUGACCGUUCCAUGGGUGGAAUUAGGUGGAGAGUGCAAUAUUUCCUGCUCCAAAACUGGCUACAGUGCCAACAUAGUGUUCCACACCAAACCCUUUUACGGGGGAAAAAAGCACAGGAUAACCGCAGACAUUUUUGGUCCCAAUGAUAAGAAAUCAUUCUGCUCCGUUGAAGGGGAAUGGAAUGGAGUGAUGUAUGCAAAAUUAGCUUCUGGGGAAAACUCGGUGUUUAUUGACACAAGGAAACUCAGCAUUAUUAAAAAGAAGGUGCGGAAGUUGGAGGAUCAGUUAGAAUAUGAAUCAAGGCAGCUGUGGAAGGACGUGACGUUGAACCUGAAACUCAAAGACAUUGAUGCCGCCACAGAGGCAAAGCACCGUCUGGAGGAGAAACAGCGGGCCGAGGCCAGGGAGAGGAAGGAGAAGGAGGUUCAGUGGGAGACUAGAUUGUUUCAUGAGGAUGGCGAGUGCUGGGUUUAUGAUGAACCUCUUCUGAAGAGAAUGGCCUCACUACGACACUAGUACAGCCUCUCUGAAGCAACCGAGUCUAAGAAAAGAACUCUUUUACAAUUCACCUUUCAUGUGAAGCCUUGGAAUGACUGAUGAAUGAACAAUUAAACAGCUUUGCAUUUUGGAAAUGAAUGAUAAGAACUAGACUCUAUACAAGUAACUAUCAAAUAAAAAAAUACUCCUUUCUCGCCAACUGCACCACUUCCACGCUCCACUGCUCCUUUAAGAUGGAAAAAUCCCACACCACAGAAAUAUACUGAGGUAGUUAAUGGCUCCUUAACAAGCCAAAUGAACGCUCUGGUUAUGACAGGGUGGGUCAUUCCCACAGGCAUGUUGCCUCCCAUUGCGGGGCAAAAGGGGUUGUAAUCGAACAAACUGAAAGCAGCGUUCUGUAUCUCAGGGAAUCAGGUGACUGAGGAAUGAAGGCUGUAUCUCCUGAUGUUUUAAAAGCCUUAGGUGGAACUACAACAUGGAAGAACUUGACUCGCCUACAGCUAGCUACAGAUAUUUAUAUAUACAUAUAUAGAACUUACAAUUAUAUAUUAUAUAAUGUCCUUUUUUGCCUUUUUGUUCAUCUGCAAUAGUAAUGGUUUGAAAGUAUGAACUUGAAAAUGUCAGCAUAACAACCAUUCCAUUUACUUCCUCUUUGUCAAUCAUUAAAUAGAAGAAAACACCAUGCUCUUCUUCUUUUGAAAGGUUUUGCGUUACAUCAUGUGUAGCUGCGAAUCAGGACCAUUUAAGGAAACAAAAAAUGAGAAACAGGUUGCACCUGAAGGAACUCAGUUUGAUAGACGAUCAUGCUGAAAGUCCAUUUCAAUUCAAGUACUCUUUGUUUUAAAUGUAUUAGUUAGUUGUUUUAAAAUUAGCACUGUCUAAUGGAAGUAUGAACGCAUAAUUAUGCAACAUAUGCAGGGUAUGCCAUGUAAGUCAAAAGUCAUCUUUUAAUGCCCUUUAUGAACAUCUUUAAUUCUCUCUCUCUCACACACACACACACACACACACCUUCACCCUCCUCUAGAUUUGCCUUUUUUUUAAUUCUCUAUAUUAUAAUUAAAACAGAUGUUAUCAAAUGGCUAAAAUAUAUUGAAUACCUAAAAAGGCCUAAUAGUAAUGUUAUGGAAAUGUUUGAAAUUGAAUUUAUUGUCAUCAGAAGGAUUCCAUGGGUGUAAUGUGAGUCUAAAAGUAAAGCUAUGCUGUAGUUAAAACUAUUAGGAUCCACAUUUUUGACUGAGAUUAUUUAGAACUUUGCACUGUUGGUGAUUUCAUGGGCAGAAUGGUGUUGAAGGAUUCAUCGUUUUCAACCAGUUUAGUGAAUCAAGGUGGGCAAGAAAUGGAUUAUUAAAAGAACAUUUUCUUAUGUUUGUAAAUUUGAAAUCGAGGCCUUGCCAUAUCCAUACAUUUCACUGUCAUGCAGUGUUGCUUUGCAAAAGCAAUCUAAACUGUUUUCCUCUCAUUUGACAUAGCCACUGAUUGUACCAGAUUUUCAUGUUUAAUGAUGCAAAAUAUUAAAUCUCAAUGAGACCA